CUCGUGUAUAAGUUUAUCUAAAUGUUAAGUGACUAUCACUGUAUAAUUUGUUAUCGUUGUCCUGCGCAAAAUAGUUUUUACUCUCUCAAUCUGUAGGAACAUGUAAAAACGUUUGAAAGGAAUAAAAAAAUAUGUAUUCUAUAUUGUUUCAAUGCGUUGCGUUUAUUCUGGCAGCGGCGGUAACCGGACAGCAUGUCGGGAUGGAAAACACGGACAACACCGGCAACUCGGACACGCCGGUGUAUAACGGGGAGGAAAUUAUACUGCCCAUGUGUCGGAACUUUCUUCCAUAUAACUGGACGAAACUCCCGAACCAGUUCGGACAUGACACACAAGUUGAAGUGUACAGGCAUAUAGAGCAUCAAUGGGCGUACAUGGAUUAUGGUUGCUCUAACAAUUUCCGGCAGUUUGUCUGUUCGCUCUACUUACCAAAGUAUGAUCCUGUCACACAGACUGUAGCCGGGCCUUGUAAAGAAAUGUGUAGCAAAGCCAGGAACAGGUGCAAGAAAACAAUGAGGGAAACUAGGUCAAGAUGGCCACGAAUCUUCCGAUGUAACCAGCUUCCGAGUAAAAGAAAUGACGACGUUUGCUUACGACCAGUUCGAGAAUCGCGCGUGGAGCUUCAACACACCUACUGCGUAGACAACGUCAUUCCUAUGUGUAUUAGUCUUAACAGUCUUGGCUCGCUGCCAAACUUUUUUCUGCAACGAAGUCUCGGAGAAAUCACGACGGAAAUGAGAUUUUACGAGGAUCUGGUUUCGACCAAUUGCAACGCAAACCUUCAGUUCUUCCUGUGUGGCACGUACCUGCCCCUCUGUGUGCCGAACAUUACUCCAUUCGCAAUACCUUGUCGAGAACUUUGUGAUGAGAUCAAACGGGACUGCUCCACACAUUUUGAUUUCAUCUACCAGGGUCUGCCCUGGCCAAAUAAGCUGCAGUGUCACCGAUACACGCCCUCUAACGAUACAUCACGAUAUUGCGCUAUGCCGGGCGAUUUCUAACUCUAUUGAUACAUCACGAUAUUGUGGUAUGCCGGGCGAUUUCUAAAAAUGAAUCCAAAGUAAAACAACGGAAAUAUAUUACGUAAUUCUGUAAAUAUGAAUCUCUGAUUAUACAGGGACCUCUUUCUACAACCAGAACGUUAGCAUUGUCAAUUGUAAAAGUCAAUGAUGUCGAAAGACAAAGUACAAUAGAUUAUUAAUCUGAAUGCAUCCCUUACCAAAGUAAACUCAUAAUUUGCAUAUGAUAAAAUCAGAUGAAAAGGCGAACUUUUAAAGUUUUUUAGGCGUAUGUUUAAAGCUCCUUUUGGAAGCUUAUUUGGAUUAAGCGUUUUUGUAAAAAAAGAUUGAAGCAGCAAGUAUCCAGAUUAAUGCUAAUUUUUUUUUAAUAUUGUGAAGUGAACAAAGAAAGUAAUUUACACUUUGCAAACAGCACUUACAAUCAACGAUAAUUACCAAAAAAGAGGUCAAAAUACAUAAAUAAAUACCUCUUACUGCGUUAGUAACGCAAUAGAUUUAUAGUGAUUCAUACUGCAAAUGAACUUAACAUAUAAUUAAUCAAAUAUUGAAUCUUUUAACUUUUCUAAAGAUCAUAAUACACUUUUCUAAAGAUCGAAUUUCUUGAAAUAUUUGGGCUCAUCUGGAGGCGUGCAGCUUUAAUUCAUUAAGUACACACAAACUUGAUACCCCACCUUAUAAAUAAAACGUAUCGUAUUUCUUUUACUGCACCUCUGAAUACAAUUAUAGUCAAAAUAAAAGGGGGAAAAUCACAUUUACAAAUUAAUAAUAACAGUUGUACCACAAAUCACGAAAUGGACUCUAUUUCGAGAAAUGAGAUUUAAAUGUUUUGUGCCAUAAAGAUAUACUUUCCAAUUUAUUUUUGGACGGACUUAUAAUCGUAUUUUAUUACUCAUGUACCACAAUAAAGUAUCUAUAGAUA